UAAACAGAUUACAAUCUGUCUGAGCUGUUGAGAAAUAUGGUUUACUCAUUUAUCUGUUUUUACUUCUGGCUUUUAGAUGGGAAUGCGCCCCUGGUCUACCUAAAUGCUUCUAUGUUCCCGUGAAUCAUUCAUGAUCCAGCUUCACCAACAGUAGAAGUGUGUCUGUUGUUGAUACAGAUGAAACUGUGACAAUAUCAGCGAUGGAGGGAGAUUCUGUCACUUUAAAAACUGAUGUUACUGAAAUACAGAGAGAUGAUCUGAUAGUGUGGACAUUUAGACAUAACAGUUCAGAGACUCAUAUAGCUGAAAUCUAUAAACAGAUCAUCUCUAUGCAUGACAAUAAAGAGAAUAAUGAGAGAUUCAGAGGCAGACUCCAGAUAGAUGAGCAGACAGGAUCUCUGACCAUCACAAACAUCAACAAAUUGCACUCUGGACUUUAUAAAGUACAGAUCAUGAAAGGAGACGUCAAACACAAGAGCUUCAGUAUUGCUGUCUACGGUCUUCCUGUUCCUGUCAUCAGUGAUUCUCCUCAAAACCUUCCUGUAUCAAAAAAAUCAUCAGAGCAGAAAUGUUCAUUGCUGUGUUCAGUGGUGAAUGUGAGUCAUGUGAGUCUCUCCUGGUACAAAGGAAACAGUUUAUUGUCCAGCAUCAGUGUGUCUGAUCUCAGCAUCAGUCUCUCUCUACCUCUGGAGAUUGAGUGUCUAGAUGAUUCAUACAGCUGUGCAGUUGCUUAUUCAUCCAUUAACCAGACUAAACUUCUCAAUAGCACUGAUGUCUGUCAGACAUGUUCAGAUGUUCGACCUGUGAUUGUCAAACCACUGAUAUUUGCUGCUGUAUUUCUGCUGCUGCUGCUAGUGAGCUCAGUAUUAGCUAUGAAGAUAUUCUGUCACCGCAGGAUCUGCAAAGAAACAGCACAAGAAAGCAAGUAUUGACUGUUUAUGACAUAAUAGUGCACAAAAGUGCCAAUAAAAUCUUGUAACCUUCAUUUAAGGUGUGUGUGU